AUGUCUAACAAACAAUCUCUUGACGAGGAGGCCCGCAUGAUUGCGAAGAUCUACUCGACCGACUACUACAGGAAAGUCAGCGAUCUUGCCCGCAACACCGGCGGUACUGUCUAUGACCCCGGCAUGGGUCCUCCCCCUCCAUCCCCAGCCCUCAAAGAAUUCGCCCCUAUACCCCCAAGCUCUCAAGCUCCACGACCAGACACACCCCACCCAAAUGAGACCUACAUUGACAAUUCGCUCAUCCCUGGCAAGACAAUCGUCAACGAGAACUGGGACGAAAACCUCAAGCGCGUCUUCCGCGGGACAUACAGCAGAAGGGACUGGAAGGACCUAGAAGACAUGACGAACAAAUGCUGGAAGUACCUCCGCGGGAAGAAAAACCGAAAUCGAAGGACUGAGAGGUGGGAUAUGAUCGAGAUUGAGUGCUACGGGAGACUCUCGGUCUGGGGUGUUCAUAAUGAUAUGAUUGCAGCGCUCAUCGGCUGGCCGGUCAAUGUGCAAUGGACCCCUGAGGAGGAGACUCACUCCAGAGCCGCUAUUCUUGAUGAGUGGAAGUACAUUCAUGUGACACCGCAGGAGGCUGAGGCCAACGUCAAGGAACGUCAGAAAGAGCUCUCACCGGAAGUGUGA